CUUUCCCGCGCAGAACAAUUUUGGAAAUCAUAAUUUCCGAGUACACCUGAAGGCAACACAAGCACUCCGAUCCAAUCAGCUGCCUCCUUUCUGUUGCCUGACUUUUUGAAAACAUCAGAGCGCCUUUAUUUUAGUGAGCUCGCGGAUCCUGUUCGUUUCAUCAUUCUUCAUUGUCAGGCGAAUCGAGAGAAACAUGUCGGUUGAUUUUGAGGAGAAUCUGUCCCAGAUUGAACUGAUCUACAGAAAUUCGCUGGCUCGAAUCAUAGAAAAGGUGUGUUGAAAUGGCGAAAUGUUGAGGUUUUAGCAGUAAAUGAAGCAGCGGGUUACCGUUAGCAGACGGAGACCCCGAAACUUCAGUGUAUUCAUUUCUGCGGUUUUUCUCCACAGUAUUCAGGAUUUUCCAAGCAGAACUAUGGGCCGGAAGUGGACCUCGAAAACAUACAGGAAGAUGGUAAGUCUAUUGUUAAUAUGAUGGACUGAAGCCCCUGUUCCGUCAGAGUUUAUGGAGGUUUUUGCUUAGUUUCAAGUCCUUUAUUCACCCCAUCCUUUCCCAACUCUCUGUAAACAUUAGUGAAGUUUGGAAAGUGAAAUGUUGUUCCAUUCCUGCUUGAUUUCAGCAGCUUUAGAGCAGGGGUCUUAAACUAAACCACAGCAAGGGCCAUAAUCUGGAUUCAGGUCUAACCUGAGGGCCAAAGAGGGUCAACAUUUCACCAAAACUGGCAACCUUCUUUUUAAAAAAAAAAAAGUAAAAACAACAAUGAUUAUAAAUCAUUUGGAAACUCAAAAAAAGAAAAGUUUAAAGGCAAUCUGAGAUAGAAAAAAAUAUUUUGUUUUUAUUUAUUAGUUCAAAAGAUUAGAGCAUGAUAUUAAAAAAAGAAAAAUAAUGCUUUUAAAGAGCAAAUACAUGAGAAGAACGUUGAAAUCAAGUUUAAAAGCUCAAAAUAUGACUUAAAAUGUAAAACUGGAAUCUAAAGUAUAAAAGUGACACAAGUCUAAAUACUGAGUUGAACAAAAUUGAAGCAUUAAAUAAAAAAAUCCAACAUGUUUCACUUUUAAUCUUGAAAUGCAAAAUUGAAAACGUGAAAUAAAACACCAAAUAUAUUUUCCCCCACAUUCUUGACUUUUUAUCAGAUCUUUGUUACUCUUUAAUUUCCCAGAUUUUCAUGGCUUAUUAAGGAUAUUUCAAAUAAUGGUGCUAAAGUUUACAUUAUUAUACUGGAGGAAAUCUACAGACUUCAUACUGGUGGGCCGAUAAUAGUACAAAUAUGAUCUGAUCUUGUGGGCCAGAUUUGGCCCCCAGUCUUGGGUUUGACACCUGUGGUUUAGGGUCUACUUUGAUGCACUUUUUGUUUCAUGACUGUCGAGUCGGUUUCAAUGGAUGACAGAAUAGGACUUAAGGCGGGUUACUUUAGCAGCAGAAUGUGGUUUGUCUUCAUGAAAUAUGAAGGUAAUGUAAAAAACGCUGUAGAUUGUGUUCAGCUUUAAUGGAACCUUUGUACACGCCUAUGCCAUGAUACUGAUAUAAUGAUAACAAGCCUGGUAGCCUUCUCAGCAUCUAUGAUUUCCAAAGAGAAUGUUACAGUCUCUGUUGUUUCUAGAUCAUGUUCAUAUCAUAUUUUGUUAUCUUCGGUGAUUUAUAAUAUUAUAUAUUCCCCCCCCCUUUCCCGUUUUUUAAAAAUAUAUAUAUGUUCUCACUGUGUAUGUCUUUAUUUUGAAUAUUCAUAUCUUGCUUUCAGUGUUUCAAUCAAUCAAAUUUCAUUUAUAUAGCGCCAAUUCACAACAGUCAUCAUCACAAAAUGCUUUCCUAAAAGAAAGAGCAGGUCUAGACCACGCUCAUUGUUUGAUGAAUUAUCAAGACCCAAGAUGGGAUUUGGCCCAUCUCAUCUUACAUGAGUGACAGUGGCAAAGGAAAAACUUCCUUUUAACAGGCAGAAACCUUGGGGGACCAGACUCAUGGUAGACAGCCACCAAGCUGCUGCUGGGUUGGGAAGGAAUACAGAGAGAUAGGGGGUGAGAGAGAGAGACAGAGGACAGCAGCAACAUUAAAACAACAACAACAGCUCAUGCAGAGUUGUGGUUGCAGAGCAAGUAAUGAUGAAACAAUAUAAAUUCAGUUUACAGGAUUAGGAUAUAAGUAAUUAUGGACCAUGUUUAAUUAAUUUAAUGUGAUUACAGUCAGCAGGACUAAUGGCUGUUAACUCUAGUUUUAUGUUAUUAAUGUUGGUGAGGCUGACCAUUCUUACUAACUCAUGAGUCAUGUAAGUGUUUUUCUGGUCUCUGUUUUAUCAAUUUUCUCUUCACUUUUUCUUGCAUAGUUUUAUGUCAAAAGUGCUACAAAAAUAAAAGUUAAGUUAAAUUGAUUUCUUGAUUUUCUUCUGCCUAAUAAAGCACUUGAAUACUGCAUGGAAGCCUCCAAAAAAGAAAUGGACAAGUUUGAGUCACAGGUUUGGGUCACUUUAAUCAUAAUCUGCAGAAACAUGACACAAAAUUCAAGUAAAUACUCACAUUUUUGACAUGUGUACCACUAUAAAAAUAUAAUCCUACUCUUGUCUCCCCUCAGAGAUUGGCAGAGUUAAGAGAAGAUUCUUCCGCCACAGCACAAGACGCAUCCACAGACUCUCAGGUUAAAGUUCUGUUUUUGUUUUAACACUUCUGUCCUGAAAAUCAAGAAUAUCUUAAAUUUAUGCAGCUUUAUUUCCAACAGCUGGACUGCACGUCUCAAAGUGAUGAAGCUGAUGGAUCCUGCAGCUCCAGUGUUGCCAGUUUUAUCGGUAUUUCUAGUGUCUCCUCUGUGUCCAGUGCACACAUCUCUGUGCAGAAUAAUAAUAAUAAUAAUAAUAGUGGGAAAAAUAAACUUUUUAAAUGUGGGAGAGGCCAUUAAAGGAACUGAUGGAAAACUGAUCUAUUUGAUUUUUUUUUCCCAGGUGAGGUCUCUGCAGCAGGAACAUCUAGAAGUGCCUUAACUCAGCUGACUGUGAGCUCUCUGGAUGAAAGUCAGAGGACCUUCUCUGACAUAGAGCAGCAGCCGGAGGACCAGGAUGAAGGGCUGAAGAUGAUUCUGAGUAGAAACAGCUGCUUAGGGGAGCUCUAUCCCACCAUGAUCUGCCGGCUCAAGAGCGCUGUGCAACGGCAGCACGUCUCUGAGGUUGCCAGCUCUGUGCUGAGGAGGUACCGCCGGUGGAGACAGUCAAACAACAGCUUAAAUGUCAGCGGCCUCCUCGUGUCUUAUCACAAACAGAUCCCAAAGAACAGGAGCAACAAGGAGAACUCUGGGAGCGCAGUGAAGAGGUCCUUUAUUGGGACUGAAGGCUCCCAUUGCUCUCAUUUGCAGAUAACAAACCAGCAGGAAAGACAGCAUUCACCUGGGAGGGGGAGAAAUUUACAGAGGAGGCAGCAACACAAGCCCAUCCUUGUCAUGGACUUCUCUGGUUCCUCUGACACCUCAAUGGAGGAGAGCCCACCAAGCCCGAUAGUCAUUACAUCCUCAGAUGAAUCUCAGAGAGAUCAGCAGCCACCUGCGUACACUGUCAGGUCUUCUCAGUCUCCAUAUUCUUCUCCUAAAGCCACCUUGGAGCUGUCUCUAAGGUCUAAAAGGCUUUUUAAUGCCUCCCAUUCACAGCAGACUGACACAUGUACAUCACAAAGCAUGGCUGCCAAGGAGGGACGGGACAGCUAUGGUUCCCCUGUCAGGCAGAGUCCAUAUAAGUCCAGGAUAAUGAGCAGCCUCAGUAGAUCCCCUCUCUCCUUCUCCAGAAGCCCAAAGGUAAAUCCUGUGGAAGUCUCCAGAGAGAUGGCAAGGCCCAGACCAGAGUCCCCGUGCUUCCCUCAAUUGAGAUCCCUCCUGCUACAUAGGAAUCUCUCCCCCCAAGCCUCCAGACCGCCUCCUCCUUGUUCAGCCUCAGCAGCAGAGUCUUGCCACAGGCUGCGCCGCCACCUUUCCUUUGACUCCCCCCUGGUGUCACAGAGUCACAGCUCUUACUCACCACAGAAGGUGGACGAGGAAUUUACCAGAAUCUACCACAAGUAUGUCUGUCAGAACAAAUCCCCCUUGUUCAAAGGCCUUCCGUGUCGCUUCUGUGCUCGCAACUGUGAGGCCAGGAGAGAUCACUCCUCCUUAGCUCUGGAUGCCCUUGCUUUGUCACCGCAUCGCUCUGUCUUGAGGAAACGCCACCGGGAGUUGAGCUUGGAGAGUGUCCCUCGGUCCAAACGUUUCAGGGAAGAGUACUGCAUGUCCUCACCUUGGUCCAGCCACUACAGGACCGUGAUGCUCAGGCGCCGCCUCUGUCCAUCUGAACCCAAGCAGCUGUGUGACGACCCCAGCAAACUCAGCCCCAGCAAACUCAGCCCCAGUAAACUCAGCCCGAGUAAAAUCAGCCCCAGUAAACUCAGCCCUAAAAAUCUCAACCUGUUUCAGAGCCUCAACCCUCAGCAGCAACCAGCAGAGCACUGUCAGACCUGGCUGAGCCGGAACCGCAGUCAGUCUGCAGCAGAGUUCCCAGGGCACGGUAAGCGUCCUCUGUGAACAUCUGUGAGGAAGUUUUUGUUAGUGGUGAUUCGGCACACCCUGAAGACAAAGAUGUGCCUUGAAUUUUUGUGCGGAUCUUGUAUGUUAACAUAGCUCUUCUGACUCAAAUCUUCUUUGGCUGUCUUCAAAAGUCAAAUCCGUUUAUUUCUCUGCUUGCUAAAAGUCUUUUUUGCUUUUGAAAUGAAAAAUUAUUUGUUUCACUCCACACUGGAGCUUUAAGGAGUUGAAGAAUUGAACUUUUUUUCUUCCCAGUUUCACUUCAUUCUUCUUCAAUUCAACAGGAAGGUCACGUGUGAGGAAUGCUGCCACUGGCUCUCCGCAGUAAGUAUCCAAGAUUCAUAUUUUCACUGAUACAGAAUUCUUUGUACAGAGCCAAACAGUGUUGUGGUCAAGUCACCAAACCCAAAAGCCCAAGUCAGGUCUGGAGUUCUACAGUUGAAUGUAGGUCUGAUGCUGUGUUUCUGUCUGGUUUGGUUCAGUUGAGUUCAGUAAACCAAACCUUUCUUCAGCUGGAGAAAAAAAUAAAUCGCACCCACCGCCUUUUUUUUUUCUUUUUUUCGAGCAAAAGGUGAACUUAAGAUGAAUAAAAAAUGAAAGGGAGAAGAAAUUGGAUUGACUCUAUACUAUGUUAAAAAAGUAAAUGAUAACAUCAGGUUACAGGAUUUCCUCUUUUGCAAUGUGCUCUCCCUCUGCCCAGCUAUGACUGUGUGAGAUUGAAGCAACUGUUAAGAAACCUCUGACAGCUUUAACCGCAGGAUGCCGCUGAUUAAGAUAACAGUGUAUGAAAUUUGGAUGAGCGUGAAGUAACAGAUUCAUACACAACUUUAUCUUUUUAUUUACUUUAAGGUUAAAUUUUGGGUUUUACUGACAGAGGACUGCGGAUAGAGCAGAAAACAGGGGAGUAAGGAUAGUAUGCAGGAAAGUGACCACGGGGUGAAAGUAAACCCAGGUCGCCUGCAAGUGUAGGGCGCACCUAGACUGUUAAGACCGUCCGUGACCCACCUUUUUUUUUGUUUUUGUUGAUGAUCAUUUAAGAUUAAAAAAGCAUUCCCUGGUCUUCUCCAUAUUAAACAUGUCGCUCUGCUCCUGCUGCAUUUACUUCAAAUUCAUUUGAAAGCAAAACUCUUGUCACAGCGACCCCCUUAGGCUCUUUUGCAAACUAGAUGUCAUGUGGAUAGACAUACAGGUUGACACAGGUCAGCUUGGCCCAGACUUGAGACCAAGGGCUUGACUUGGGCAUCUUUGGUCAUUUAAGCUCAUUUUCUCUCUGAACUCUUUGUUUCUUCUUCUCACAUGUACAGAAAAAGGCGGUGAAGGUCUAACCCAAGCAUCCCUGGUACAGUUUAUUGUUCUCGGCAGCUGCAGACCCAGCUCAGGAAGUUCCCAGUUCUCAUCCUGUUUAAUGGAUAAAUAAUCUGCUUGAUUCAAAGUGUUCCAUGUUAAUUUAAUACUUUACUGCAUGUGUUAUGAUGUGCUGUUGAAAUUUAACCCAGUUUCAUGUUCCCGUUUUACGUUUUAUUAAAAUAAAUCGCAGCGUUCAAAAAGCAA